AUGCAGUCUGCACAAAUUUGCACUGGGAGUAUCCAGACCAGCGCAGUGGUGACUAACACAAGGGAACGGAAGGCUUUUUUUUCCUCGGGGAUCCGAGAUCGUCUGCGUGUUUUUGACGAGGAUCAGCCAAGAAGGGGUGGGCAGGGCUGUAAUAGAACCAGUGGCAAUAGUAAAUAUGUUUAUCAGCCUAUGACUCCAGUAGAAAAGCUUCCAAGCACUGAAAUACCUGUCCGGCCUCGGGGAGCCACAAACACCAUACAGAUAUCUGUCUCACUCAUGGAACACUUUUUGAAGUUUGCGCCGGUCUUCCAACCACCAUUAGCCCCAGAGUCCCCACGUUUCUGCACAAUCUCGGACCUCUUUAUUGACAAUUACCGUGUGAAGUGCAUCAAUGGGAAAAUGUGUUAUGUGCAAAGGCAGCCUCCUGCUGUACCUCAUAAAAUGAAGCCUCAGGAGGUCCCCACACGCAAUGCCUUAAUUUUGAGAGAAAAUAAUACACCAAAAAUAGAUCAUUGCUCUUCCCCCUCCAGCUCUGAGGACUCCGGGAUCAAUGCUGUUGGGGCUCACUAUAUGGAGUCAUGUGAUGAGGACACAGAGGAAGGGGCAGAGCUAAGUUCAGAAGAAGAUUAUAGUCCAGACAGUAGCUGGGAACCGGACGAGUGUCCCCUCUUAUCACCCUCACAAUGUGAACUAGAAGUGAUUGAGACCAUAGAAACCACAGUGUGAAAUCCUAAGCUGGAAGUUAGCUAGGCAUACUUAAAACAAUACUGGUUUUCUAACAUUUAUACUGGCUUUUCUGACAGAUCUUUUUUCCAGUGCACUUGAUAUCCCACAAGGAAUGCAGUAACAGUAUUUAGCCAUCUGUGAAUUACUUUAUACUAAUUGUACCACGAAGAGUCGGACAUGACUGAAUGACUAAACGAACGAACGAAUUGUACCAAUAGAUUUCUUGUAUAGCUCAAAAGAUGUCACCAGACGGACAUCUUUAUUUACAGAUUACCCUUGAUAUCGUUAAGGGGCAGAUAAUUUCCAUAGAUGCAAUCAACUUGUAAGAUAUUCCUACUAAUCCUACAUUUAAAACAUUGGUUUUAGAUUACUGUUAUGAAGCAAAUUCUUUCAUGCUCUUAGAAAACACCAACAGUAAGUGAGCCAUAUGCUUGAUGAGCAGAGCUGAAUCCACAAACAAGCCUUCUUUAUUCAAUUUUAUUAUGUCAUAUAGGAAGAGGUUAUACCUCCCACCAGAAGCUCUCCUGUCAGUGCACCCCUUUCCAAAUAAUCUGCAGACACCAUUCUUUGGCAGCUGCAGAGUCACUCGGUGGGGAUUCCCUGCAUAAACACAAUAUUCUCUUAACAGUUGGAACCCUGUCUCCAGAAAAGUGAGUGACCAAGUGGCUUAAACAAAAAUCCUCUGGAGGGUGUGUUUUUAUACUGCCAUCUGGCCAGAUUCCAUUGGUCACUUCUUCAGUCUGAGCAAACACUGCUUAAUUAAUUCACACAUUGAAUCUGAAGGCAAAGUGGAUUUAGAUGUGAAGGCAUUGUGUAUAUAGAAGGAGCUGCCAGGGUGAAGUGGACUCAUCAGAUUGUCACAUAUAGGGUAUAUUCACACAACUACACUUUGAGUUUAUUUUUUCGAGCCAGCCACAUGUUUGAGUUUGAAUUAUCUCAUAGCAAAACAGAUUAAGGCCUUACAUUCUGCUUGUAAUGGACAGCUGUCAUGUGCCAAUGAUGUGCUGUUGCGGGGUGGGGGAACAAUGCAAAUCAGCAGCAUGUUAACAGCUUCUGUGACAAACAGAUUCACACAAUCUUUUCUGGUGUGUUUGGUGUCCAAUCCAUGCACACUGAAACUGAAAAGCAUGUCAAAUAGUGUUGUAUGAAUUGGUAAUAAUGUGACAACAUUACAAAAUAGCUUGGUAUUGAAAUGGGGGAAAAGGCUAUGCUAAUUCAUUCCUACUUAUUAUUCCAUGAAUUUCUGCUUAUUCUCAUUUGGUUCUGGAUGCAAUUUCAGUAUGGGAGCCAAAUUAUUAUCUACUUAAAUGGGCCAUUGCCAUGACUAUUAGGGAUGAAUGGUGCUAGAUAAAAGAGAACCGCUACUGUAGUUUUAGCUGUUGGAACAUUUGGAUUUAAUCAAAGACAACUUGAAAAAGAGGUAACUAAUCGGUCUAGCUGUUUUGCUCAUGUCCCCUGAACCUUCCUUAAUAAUUGUGUCUCAUUAACAGAUCUAGAACAGAUGAAAAGUAUACAGUGGUCAGACAGGUCUUUAAAUCUCUGCUGUAUUUGUACGUCAGCGUUAGUUGUGCACUACAUGAUUAUGCUACCCUCUAGAGAGGAAUGUCCUGCUAAUCAAUUCAGACAUGGUAUUCCUUUGAGCUGUAAGGAUACGUGAUUGUUUUGCUGUUAGGGGUUACUAUAGUCAGAAAAUUCCAGUACUUUAGCAGUCCUUUGCCAGCAGAUUUGACAAGACACUUCCAAACCAUGUGCUACGACCAUAAGGUUUUUUUCCUAAUCUUUUUUGCUGCAGCUCCAUAUGGUAAAUUGUUUUUAAUUUAACAAUUUUUUUUCUGUAACAGUAGGGCUGCUAUGAAUAUGGCCCUAUUUUGUAACACUUUGGUUAAUUCAGUUUCUGUAAGUCUUGGUGAGAAUGACAACAUAUAAAUAUGUACAGUUGUAGCUCUCA